UAAACGAAUGCACAAGAGUAGAAUAAGAAGUAAAUACCAGCAUGAUGAACUAUUUAAACGAAUUCACAAAAGCAAAUUAAGAAGUAAAUAUUUGAACGAUGAAAAUUUUAAGGAAAAACAACAAGAUAUCAUGAAAAAACAAAUGAAGAAAUUAUAUCACAACGAUCAACAAUUUAAACAUACAAAAAAGGCAAAUAUGAAAACAUUGUCCAAAAUUAGAUAUAAAGGCAACGAAUUUAAGGAAAAGAAAUUGAUGAGCUUAAAAAUGAAAUAUAAAAGAAUUGAAAAAUAUAGGCAAAAUGUAAUAAAACAAAAUCGAAAAAGGUCUGUACUUCGAACGGUAAAAUUGUCCGAGUUUGAUAUUGUACUUGAAGAAUUUAGAAAGAUAAUUUCUCAUGGCCCAGAAUAUGUGUGCUGUGUAUGCUUAAAACUUCUCUUUGAGAACCAGGUAUUGAAAUGUAAAAAGAGUAAUUAUAAAAUUCACACGUGCAUAAGUGAAGAAUAUUUGCAUGUUUGCAAUUCAGAAUGCCGGUCAAAAUGUUUAAUAGGCCAGUCAGCCAGAUCGACACUUUGGAUAUGCUUUACCUGUCAUAGAAAAUUGCAAGCUGGAAAAGUACCUGCAGAAGCAAACAUGAACAAUUUACAACUACAUGAAGUUCCAGAAGAACUUGCCAAUCUGAACAAUUUAGAACAGCAUUUGAUUGCAUUGAAUAUCCCUUUCAUGAAGUUAAUGGCCUUGCCUAAAGGUGGUCAAAAUGGAGUCCAUGGCCCAGUCGUGUGCGUGCCUUCAAACACUUAUGAAACAGUAGAUAUGUUGCCAAGACCACAGACUGAAGAUCAAUUGAUCCGUGUUAAACUCAAACGAAAAUUGUCGUACAAAAGCUAUUAUGAGUACAAAUUUGUAGAUAAAUCUAACUUGCUCAAUGCUCUGCAGUAUUUAAAAGCAAAUAAUAAGUGGUAUUUUGAUGUUGCAGUAAAUGAUAAAUGGGAAAACUCACUUGAACGAAAUGAAAAAGAUAAUGAAAAGGAAGAAGCAGUGGAAAUUGGUGGUAAAGCUCGUUUGGCAAAAUAUUGGAAGGAAAUGGAAGAACAAAUUGAUUACAUUUUGUCCAAAGACAAAAAUGCUAAUGAAAACAUGCAAGACAACAGUAAACUACAACAAAAAAUAGAUGACAACAACACUGAAGACGAUAUGGAAGAACGCUUACGCGGUAUUCAGUUAGACUCAUGUCUCCAGCCGGUAGAUAUUGGACAGGAAAUAUUAGAUCAGUAUUUUGAAGACAUAAUAUGUUGUGCUCCUUGUGAAGGAAGAAGCCCUGUAUCAAUUCUACAAGAUGAAAGCAAUGAGGCCAAAUGUUUCCCAGUGUUAUUUCCUAAAGGUCAACCAACAUUCCAUGAUAGAAGAGAUGAAAAAAUAACAUUAGGACGUUAUCUGCAUAACCGACUGAUGCACGUGGACAAUAGAUUUGCUCAGAAUACAGAUUACAUCUUUUAUGCACAAUAUAUUUAUGAAAUUCAACAGGUUAUAUCACAAGUUUCUAUCGCUUUAAGGCAAAGUCCAAACAAAAAAGAUGAUUCGUCUUCAAUAACUGCCUCAGAUUUGAAAGAUGCAGAGAAAGUUAAAAAAAUACUAAAAUCAGACAAGGGCUAUAAAUUUUUAAAGCAAAUUCGUGGAACACCUCCAUUCUGGCAAAAGACACAAAAAGAUGUUCUCGCAAUGGUACGACAGCUUGGAAAGCCGACAUGGUUUGCUUCUUUCUCAUCUGCCGAUAUGAGAUGGCCAGAAUUAAUGAAUACAUUGCUUAGACAAAAAGGAGACACCAGGGAAUCGAGUGAAUUAGACUAUACAGAAAAAUGUAAUCUUUUAAGAUCAAAUCCAGUAACAGUUGCCAGAAUGUUUGAUAAAAGAUUUCACACUUUUAUGAAGAGAGUUAUUUUAUCUCCCGCUGCACCGAUUGGUAAAGUAGUUGAUUCAUUUUGGAGAGUAGAGUAUCAAGCCCGUGGUUCCCCUCACAUUCAUGCCUUGUUCUGGGUUGAAAAUGCUCCACAGUUGGGUAUCGAUAAAGAUGAUGAUGUCGUACAAUUUGUAGAUAAAUACAUUUCUUGCCAGAAACCGGAUGAAAAGGAAGAUCGAGAACUACAUGAAAUAGUAAGCAAGGUCCAACAACACAGUAAGAAACAUUCUAAAUCUUGCACAAAAACGGGAAAAGCGUGUAGAUUUAAUUUCCCAAGACCACCAUCUGAAAAAACAUUCAUUGUAACACCUGUUGAAGAGAUUCCAGCUAAAGAUUGUGGGAAAGUGCAAAAUAAGGGAAAGGACAAUGAUCAAAUUAAAGCUUCUACAAAGAUUAAAGAUGAUGCAGAGAAAUUGUUGAAGUCAGUUAAAGAUGCAUUAUCCAAUGGAAUCGAGUACAACAGUGUAAACCAUCUCUUUGAAAAGCUUGGCAUUACACAAAAUCAAUUUGAGAAUGCACAUAAUGAAUUAGCAUCACAACAAAGUAUAAUCAUCAAAAGAGAAAUACAAGAUGUAUGGGUGAAUCAGUUUAAUCCAAGUCUACUAAGAAGCUGGAAUGCCAACAUGGAUUUGCAGUUUGUAACAAAUGUAUUUGCAUGCGUGGCUUAUAUUGUAUCCUACAUGUCAAAAGCUGAACGAGAAAUCGGAAUGCUAUUGAGUCAUACACUAUCAGAAAUGAAAGAGGGAAAUGAGAACGCAAAGGAAAGCAUGAAAAAACUUGGCCAGGUGUACAUGCAAAAUCGUGAAGUGUCUGCUCAAGAAAGCGUCUAUCGUGUUUGCAGUCUCAGAUUGAAAGAAUCUUCUAGGAAAGUGGAAUUCAUUCCUGUUGGACCCGACCCUGUCAGAAUGAGUUUACCAUUAAGCGUUAUAAAGAGCAGACCAGAUAACGAUAAUGAUGAUGAUGAGAAUGUUUGGAUGCCUAGCAAGCUCGACAGAUACAAAGCUCGACCUAAAAACGCAGAAUUCAGUGAUAUGUGUCUUGCAACGUUUUGUUCUCAGUAUAGAAUCUUAACUGCAUCCCAAACGCCAAGUACAAGAAGUAAAAAUGUCUUUAAAUUAGAUAACGAUCUGGGAUAUAUUCAGAAGCGUACUCGUACGGGAGAUGCAGUUGUAAGAUAUCCCCGAUUCUCACCCAUCAUCUCACCCGAAAAAUAUUAUUUGAGCAUUUUGCAACUCUUUCUGCCAUAUUUUGAAGAUGGACAAUUAAAGCCCCCAACAUUUGAAACACAUGAAGAGUUCUACGAGACAGGUUCUGUGAAAAUAUGUGGACGUGAAUUGGAGAAAGUCUGGUCAAUUGUCUGUACUAACCGAAAGAAGUUUGAAAUGAAUGCCGAUGCAAUUGAUCAUGCACAGGAGCAUCUUGACAAAUUUGGUCCACACGAAGAUGCAUGGGGUCUUUUAUGUCCGGAAAAGGAAGUAGAGCGACUUGAACAUCCCAAAGAAAAUGUAGAUGUCGAAGAUUGUGAUGGAGAUCUUGAUAUCCCAGAUUUAAAGAAUGAACCGAAAAAAGAUGACUAUAGCAUUGAACUACGUUCAGUAAAAAUUUCCAAACAAGAUGGACAUUCUUUGAUGAGGUCUUUGAAUGAGAAGCAACAGAGUGUUUUUUACAAAAUACGACAGUGGUGUUUAGAUAGAGUAAAUGGAAAAUCGGUCGAACCGUUUCAUAUGUUUCUAACUGGAGGUGCUGGUACUGGAAAGAGUCAUUUGAUCAAAUGUCUUUACUAUGAAGCAACACGUAUACUAGCCCGAAUGUUGCCACAUCCUGAUGAUGUCUCAGUAUUGAAAAUGGCUCCAACCGGAGUAGCUGCAUACAAUAUCAAUGGCCAUACUAUACAUAGUAUUCUUUCUAUUCCAAUCAAUGCACAAAGACUGUAUCAACCUCUGAGUGAUGAGAAAAUAAGUGUCCUUCGAAAUAAGCUGGCUGAAUUGCAAAUUUUAAUCAUAGAUGAAGUAUCAAUGGUAAAUCAAAAGUUGAUGUCUUACAUUCACGGCCGCCUACGACAAAUAAAACAAUCACGAGAUCAAACUGCUUUUGCUGGUGUUUCAGUUAUUGCUGUGGGAGACAUGUAUCAGUUACCUCCAGUCUUAGGAACUCCUUUAUAUAAAGACACACUCAAUGGUGCAUUGUGGAAUGCUAAUUUCAAGAAAGUAGAACUUGAAGACAUUAUGAGACAAAAAGACGAUACCCAAUUUGCUUUUCUCUUAAAUAGAUUACGUGUAAAACAAGGGGAAGAGAUUCUCUGUGAUGAAGACCUAGCAAUGCUCAAGUCCUGUGAGACUGGUGAAGAAUGUGAAAAUGCUCUGCAUAUCUAUGCAUGUAACAAUGAAGUAGAUGCUUGGAACAAGAAAUUAUUGCAUAAAAAAUGUGGAGAUGUGAUAUGCGUAAAAGCACAAGACAUGGACAAAGAUGUUAAAAAAGGAAAUCAAAUACGGGAAAAACCUUAUACAAAGAUGAAAACCCAGUUGCCUCCUUAUCUGUGGAUUGCAGUUAAUGCUAGAGUGAUGUUGCUCAAAAACAUUGAUGUUAGUAAAGGCCUGACAAAUGGAUGUUUCGGAAAUGUAACAGAAAUAAUAACGGAUCAUACAAAUUUGAAUCCAGUUUGCAUCAAAGUUAAUUUUGAGAAGGCCGAUAUUGGUAUUCAUUCAAUCGAAAUGUCUCAAGAAUCCAUUGGUAAGAAAUAUGUGAGAAAACAAUUUCCACUUAAGCUUGCUUAUGCUUGCACAAUUCAUAAAGUACAAGGUUCGACAUUAGACAAAGCUGUUGUAUCAUUAAAAAAUGUAUUUCAAUCUGGACAGGCAUAUGUUGGGCUUAGUCGCGUUACUUCGUUAUCUGGACUUGUGAUAGAACAUUUCGAUCCUAAACGUAUAUAUUGUAAUCCAGAAAUUAAAGAACGCAUUGAGAUUAUGAAGCCGUUUAUUGAGAAUGAAACUUCCGAAGAUAUUCACGAUUAUAACUUUUCUUUGGUAAUGCAAAAUGUACAAGGAUUAAAACAGCAUUUUACUGAUUUCAAAUCCCAGUGCCAAUUUGUGAAUGUAGAUUGUAUUUGCUUGACCGAAACAUGGAUUAAUGAUGAUGAUCUCUGUGACGUUGUUUUAGAUAACUUUCGAUUUUAUCAUCAGCCACGACAUCUGUCAUACUGUAAUUCUGGAGUUGGAAAUGUACUCAAAGAACAAUCGCACGGAGGUGUUGCAAUGUAUAUCAAGAAUACAUAUUCAAGUAGAUUAGACAUAUCUGUCGACAACUUAGAGUUUAUUGCAAUUCUUGUCACCAAACCAGUUUCUGUUGUGAUUUCAGUUGUUUAUCGACCUCCAUCAUAUAGUAUCAAAUCAUUCUGUGAAUCAUUAGACAAUUUGCUAGAUGUAUUACACAAAACAAGCAUUAGGUGUAUUGUGAUGGGAGAUUUUAAUGAGGAUUUGUUUAAAGGUUCUUUACAGGUAAACAAGCUAAUGUGUAAUAAAGGUUACAAACAGCAUGUUGUUAAUGCUACUACUGAGAAGGGAACAUUGAUAGAUCAUGUGUACAGCAAGGGACUAGAUUUAUUGGAAACAGAGGUCAUCCCUACAUAUUAUAGUUACCAUGAAGCUGUUAAGAUUGCUUUUUAAUAUUAGUAGUAAAAUGAGAAGAAUAAACAAGUAAAUUUCUUAAUUUUGUUGAUAAUUAAACAUUUUCAUUUAUCAUGUCUUCAUUCUUGCAAAAACGAAUAUGAAUAUUAUUCCUUCUUAAAAGGGUUGUCAAUAUUUUGUUGGCUUACCGUACACUUAUCAAUGAUAUCAUCUGCCAUGGACAUCACAUUGAAAGCAGGUUGUAAAGUUGGUAAAAACCCUUUUCUUAAGGUGAUGAGUUAAAGGAUUUAUGUGUUGUCACUCCUUGCCUUUCAAACCUUAGUAUCUUUAAACAUCACUCACAUCAUGACAUGUACAUGUAUUUCGAACUUAUAGAUCAUAUUUGAGAAAUCUAAAACAAUGGUGCACAUUUAGAAUACUGGAUUGAUAGGUGGAUGGAUAACAAGAUCAUACAUCCAUGCUUUUUCU